CAAUCCCCGAUAAGCUACGGGGCUGCCUUAGCUUACACUUGCAUUUUCUCCGAAAAUCACAGCGUCUCGGCACCCGGGAUCCACCAACUUGAGGACUGCAAGGCGACCCAAUGCCGGCAAGCCCCGGGACCUCGGCGGGCGAACCGAAGGAGAUGGGAAGCGAAGGAAGGGUGGGGAGGAGGGAAGAAGGGAACAAGAGAAGAGGCCCCACCCUUCAACCAGGUACGAUCGGGCAAUACUGGAGCCUUUGGUGGCCCGAUUUACCCCGCAACCGUGUUACCCAACAACCGGCGCUGCACCGGCACUUUUCGCAAGCCGGAUGACCUCAUCUCAUCCCCGUCGUCAUCAUCGUCGUCUCUUACCCUCUCGUUCUCGCGUGGCAAGGCCCGCGGUCCACUCCUCUACUGUACAUACCUACCGAGUUCUCCACUGCUCCCGGCUGGGUCCGCCGAUUGGGGCACCUUUCCCCCCCUGGAAUGCGUGGCCGGGUUGACUCGACUUGAGAGCUGCUUAGAGGCGGCCGAGAAUCUCCGCCAAUUGCUACAAUUGCGCCCUCCCGUUGAUGUACGGCAACAGCAGCAGCCCGAACUCAUGACAACCUAG